AGUUGAGCACAGCAGCGCCAUUCGGUAACUGCAACAGUAUCCAAAAUGGCAGGAGCUGAUGGAGACGACUCUCUCUACCCUAUUGCCGUUCUCAUUGACGAACUGCGAAAUGAAGAUGUCCAGUUACGACUGAACAGCAUUAAGAAGCUGUCAACAAUUGCUCUGGCCCUUGGAGUAGAGAGGACUCGUACUGAACUUCUUCCCUUUCUCACAGACACCAUCUACGAUGAAGAUGAAGUACUCUUGGCAUUGGCUGAGCAGCUUGGCAAUUUCACUAUGUUGGUGGGAGGACCGGAAUAUGUCCAUUGUCUCCUGCCUCCUCUGGAGAGCCUAGCCACUGUGGAAGAAACAGUAGUCAGAGACAAAGCUGUGGAGUCACUGCGGAAGAUCUCUGAGGAGCACUCUCCAGUUGACCUGGAGGUCCACUUUGAACCCUUGGUCAAGCGGCUGGCAAGUGGUGACUGGUUCACUUCUCGCACAUCUGCUUGUGGCCUGUUUAGUGUCUGUUAUCCUCGUGUGUCCAGCACUGUCAAGGCUGAAAUUCGCCAGCAUUUUCGCACCUUGUGUUCAGAUGACACACCUAUGGUUCGUCGUGCUGCAGCAUCAAAGCUGGGGGAGUUUGCUAAAGUCCUGGAGCUUGAUUAUGUAAAAAGUGAUAUUAUUUCCCUCUUCACUGCUCUGGCUUCUGAUGAGCAGGACUCAGUGCGGCUGCUGGCAGUGGAGGCUUGCGUGAGCAUUGCCACACUGCUUCCUCAGGAGGACCUGGAGACCCUGGUGAUGCCAACCUUGCGCCAAGCUGCAGAGGACAAGUCCUGGAGGGUUCGCUACAUGGUUGCGGACAAGUUCUCUGAACUCCAGAAAGCAGUGGGGCCAGAGAUCACCAAGAAUGAUUUGGUCCCAGCCUUCCAGAACCUUCUGAAGGACUGUGAAGCUGAGGUCCGUGCUGCUGCUGCUAAUAAGGUCAAAGAAUUUUGCGAGAACCUUCCAGAGGAUAAUCGUGAGCAAAUCAUCAUGACUCACAUUCUGCCCUGUGUCAAGGAACUUGUUUCAGACACCAACCAACAUGUGAAAUCAGCACUGGCCUCGGUCAUUAUGGGCCUGUCAACCAUCCUGGGCAAGGACAACACAAUAGAGCACUUACUGCCUCUCUUCCUGGCUCAGCUCAAGGACGAGUGCCCUGAGGUGCGUCUCAACAUCAUCUCUAAUCUAGAUUGUGUUAAUGAAGUGAUUGGCAUCCGUCAGCUCUCCCAGUCUCUGCUGCCGGCCAUUGUGGAACUGGCAGAGGAUGCAAAGUGGAGGGUCCGCCUCGCCAUCAUAGAGUAUAUGCCCUUGUUGGCAGGACAGCUGGGAGUGGAAUUCUUUGACGAGAAGCUCAACACUCUUUGUAUGGCCUGGCUUAUUGACCAUGUGUACGCCAUCCGUGAGGCAGCCACCUGUAAUCUGACCAAACUGGUGGAGAAAUUUGGAGCUGAGUGGGCUCAGAACACCAUUGUGCCCAAAGUACUGGGCAUGGCCAAUGACCCCAAUUACCUCCACAGAAUGACCACUCUGUUCUGCAUCAAUGCUUUGUCUCAGGCAUGUGGCCAGGACAUCACCACUAAGCAGAUGCUGCCAGUCGUCCUCAAGAUGUCCAAUGACCAGGUGGCCAAUGUCCGCUUCAACGUGGCCAAGUCUCUUCAGAAGAUUGGCCCCUACCUUGACAGCAAUGCCCUUCAAGCAGAAGUGAAGCCAGUACUGGAGAAGCUGGCCACAGACACAGACAUGGAUGUCAAGUACUUUGCCCAGGAAGCUAUCAGUGUUCUGGCCCUGUCAUAAUCAACCCACCACGGCUGAACCAGACGACCACCCAAACGACAACAACGCAAACACUUUUACAAGAUAUUUAUUGAUGUUCAGAAACAACUGAUAAAUGUAUAGAGAAAGCUGUUAGCAAUUGUUUUAACCGUAAUCCUCCUUUUUUUCUUUUUUUUACUGUUCAAUGGUAGUCCAUGUCCAAGCAUAAUGCAGGCUUCUUUGUUAACCUUCCUGUUUGCUGUAAGUGGAUGCUUUAACAAAGGCCGACUAUGAUGAAUUGACUUAGUGGUGCAUGCUGACCAAUGUGCUGCUGUACAAGCUAGACAUCGCUAACCAGAGCCCGUCUCACAUUCCUCCCUUUUCCCAUCUUUGGCCACUGUUGUACUUCUGCCACAGUCCUUAACAGCUAACCACAUGUCCACAUUCGCCAUCUCGCACCUUGGGCUGUGCUCUUGCUCUUUCUGUGCUGCUGCACUUCCCUCCCAGUGCUAGACACAAACUUAGAAAAGCAGAUGGAGCAACAAGCUGUUUAUUUUGCUAAGCUUCCUUCCAGUAUCAACCCUUCGGUAGCUCUCUCCUCCGAGACACUGGUGUGGCUCUACAGAAAACUAACUGAAAGGUCUGAACUCGCAUUUUUCCACCAGACCAAACCUAAAUGUCCUAAAUGCCACACAGGGUUUUUCUGUACGAAGUCAUGACAAAACAUUAAUGGGGUGGGGGUGUCAAUUACUGCAUGUAAUCUCUCAAUGAUUGUAUGUACUAAUCAAUCAUAUCCAGUGUCCAUCCCAGCUCUACCUGACUAUUCUGCCCUUCUCCUCAGACAAUUGAAUUACUUCAGUCCAGAGUUAAAGACCAGCUCAGUUUAAGUGUUACCUGUAAUUAUCCUCUCAGAUCUUUGGUGAUUUUGUUGAUGUAAAAGGGUGGAAAGUAGUCGUCGCUUUUUUCUGCAAUAUCUUCUCAGCAUUGCUCUUAAUCUUUGUGCCAAUGACUUUCAUUAGCAGUGGUGUUUUCUUUUAGUUUGCAAGGGUAAACAUUUUUUUUACCGGUCCUGCUCUGUGAAAAAAAAAUGUUAUUCCGUGAGGGACGCUUUAUUACUCGGACGUUAAUGGAACAGUAAAACUAAUUUGACUACAGCUAUCAGAGACGUGGGGAUUAAAACCAUGGCAUUGUUUGUCCUAGAGCCACCCAGUUCUCCUGUACAUCCAUGUCAAAUCCUCCACUGUCCAUGAGAUUUUAAAAGCAUAAGGUCAGCAAACAUUGCUACUUUUGCUCACAAAUCUCUGCACAACAAGUGCAUGCUUUCAAAGAAAGAGGGAUCAGGGACUUGGUGCAUGUGUACUCAGGCUGCAUCUCGUUUUAUUAUGGGGUUGGGAACUGGGGCGGUUAUGGGCCGGUUGAAUAAAUGUAAUGUCUGUGUUGAUAAAAGAAACUUUUUUCCUGAACCCCAUUUUGUUCUCUUGAAUAAACCUUGAUUGUUGAUUGUUCUGUAUCACAAA